UAUACUUGGAAGAGAAACCCAAAAAAGGUUGCUUCUAUCUAUAAACUAUAUGCAUAAAUAUAAAAAAAUUUGCAUGUUCAUGAUAUAAAAAUGUCCCUAUAACACUAUCUUAUAUAUAGCCCCACUUGAGAAUACCCUCUUGCCUCCAAUUCAAAUACAUUAAAGAGGGUAUUUGUAGACAGUAAAAGAAUCAGGUAAUGGCCGGCCAAUUAGGUGUUGGUCCCAGCCAAAGAAAAGGACUAUUUGAGUAGAGAAGAGAGCCUGCACAGCCACUGACUUCUCCAUUUCUGCUAUUAUUUUCUUUCUUUAAUCCUCUGUUUUUCUUGCAGUAGCUUUAUUUCUUUAAGUUCCACAUGUCCCUGCUUCUCUCUUAGAAUAACAAAUUCAAAUCUCUCUCCCUCUAUUUCCCUUUUUCUUAUUUAAAUGCCGUCUUUCUUGGAUAUAAGUCUUAAGAAUCUUCAUCUCCUUUGUUUUUCUUCUUAGGAGGGACCCCAACACUAUUUUUGGGUACUAAAAGCUCUGUUUCUUGAAAUGGCAAGAAACGAAGAAGGGAAAUGGGAAAAUUCUGAAGAAGAAGAAGAAGUAGAAGCAUUAUCACUUUGUGAUUUACCAAUCAAUUUGAUCAAAGAAGAGAAUCAUCAAUUGAGAAGAGAAGAAACUGAAGCAAAUCAAGAAGAUUUUGAUUUUAGCCAAUUUGGUAGGUCUGUUUCUACAAAAUCAGAAAUGUGUGCAGCUGAUGAUAUUUUCUUUCAAGGUCAAAUUCUUCCAUUUCGUCUUUCAAUAAGUUCUGAAAGUGGUACUUAUAAGUCGAGCCAAGACAGCUUAAAAAAUCCUAUUAAAUGUUUCUCAAGAUCAGAGUCAUUGGACCAUGGGUUUACAAGUUUUAGUAGCAGAAGCAGUAGCAGUAGAAGCCAAUUUUCAUCGACUAGCACGACUAGCUCUGUUAAAAAAAGUCCAAGAAUUUCAAUUUCAAAGCAGCCAAGAUCAAUAAUUCAAAAUCAAUUUCACACCCAUCCGAGUCCCAAGCCUCAAAUCAGACUUUCCACUAAAGGAAAUACUGGCAAUAACAGAAAUUCAAGAAAAUCAACUGUAUGGGACAUUUUUAGACUCGGUGUAGUCCGUACCCCGGAGAUUGAAUUGCAAGAUCUUAAAGUUCGAGCCUCUGUUAGUAGAAACAGCAGUUCUAAUAGCAGUAACAGCAAUUCAAGUAUCAAGAUUAGUAGCAAGGGCAAUCAAGAAAAGAUGGAGAAACAGAAGAAACGGUGUAAACAGCGUUUCUUGGACAAAAAAUCAGGGCUAUUAAGUGGUUGCAGUUGUACAGUUAGUGCAGUUAAACCAGUUCCAUUAAAUGUACUCAAUAUUAAAAGCGGUAACAACAGCACGGGAAGUAUUAAUGAUAGCAAAAAUGAGAAAAGCAAAGAAAGAGGGUCGACAAAAGCGGAGCAAAAACUACAAGAAAUGAAGAUAAAGAAGAAGAAGAAGAAGAAGAAAAUGACGGAAAAGCAGCAACAGCAGGGAAAGCAAGUAAUGUCACGUCAUCGAACAUUUGAGUGGAUAAAGGAGCUUUCACAUGAUAGCUUUCUUGAUCAUGAAGAAGAGAAAGAGGGCCUAGAUUCGUGAUAAUGAACAAUCUUUCCUCACGCAUGCUUUGUACUCUAUUUUUUUUAUCAUCGUCUUUUUAGUUUA